AUGUAUUUAAAAAAUUGUCAAGUACUGGUUGUUGGCAUAAAAUUACCUACUGUUAAGACACUGGAUAAGAAGAUAAUCAACGAUGAUUUUAAGAGGGCUAAUAAGGAGAUUCGAGUCGAGUGUGAAAAUAUGAACUUUAAGUUAAUUGUUAUAUGCCUUUCAGCUCUUGACAUUCGCCAAUUGUAUAUUAAUGAGAAAUCAAAACAAGCAAACUAUUUUACGCAAUUUGAUAAAUAUCCUCAAAAUAGGGUCAUCCACUCAAAUACUCCGAAAAAACCGUCGAUGCUCUCAAAAAUUAGUGUCUAUUAUCUUUUGAACCGGAUUCUUACAUAUGGUAACCGUAUAUCUAAAAAAUGA